AUGGCUGUGGGGGAGACGGUGGCGAUGGACCUUGGGGGGGCGGUCGUGGCUGUCACGCCGCUGGACGCGCGGCACUGCGUGGGGUCUGUUAUGUUUCUUUUUGAGGGCACUUUUGGGCGGGUGCUUCACACAGGGGACUUCAGAUGGGAUGUGCAGUCACUGCCUCAUGAGCUGCUACGCGGCCCUUUGGAUGUGCUGUACCUCGACAACACUUACUGCAAUCCAAUAUACACAUUCCCUUCCCGUGAGACGGCUCUGUUGAUGAUCGAAGAUGCAAUAAGAGCCCACCCUGGUCACCAGGUCGUCAUUGGGCUUGACACUGUGGGAAAAGGCGAAGUUGUGAGGGCCUUGGCUGAGAGCUUUGGCGUCCCUGUGGCGGUGUCCCAGGAGCGUGUGCUGCCAUUGCGACUGGCGGGUGUGCCUAAGUCUUGCUACACGUUGGAUGAAGCCUUGACAUGGAUUCGGGUGAUGCCCAAGUGGAAGGUGACCAAAGCCUUCAUUGCAGAACUGCAGGAGCACAGACCAACCAUUGGUAUAGUGCCAACUGCAUUGUUUGCUCAUGGAAUCCAAGCAGCAGCCAGAGAAGAGACCAUCGUGGCUGCGAAUGGACAAUUGGCCAUGGUCCAACCUCUUUCCUCAAGUCUCACCCUGGAACCAGCUGCCCAGCAAGAUUUGUCAUCGCUCUGGCCAAGGAAUCCUGCACCAGCAAUUGGCGAUGGCGACUUUGACUGGGCAAUGCCUACUGACAUGGCACAGGGCAAGGAUUGCCGGGAGCAGUGUCUGCUGUUUCACAUCCCAUACUCGUCCCACUGCAGCUUUGCCGAGAUGGGUGCCUUUGUUGCCCAGCUGCGCCCCAGGAAAAUAGUGCCCGUCGUGCCCCCCAAGGAAAGGCCCGGCAUGGACAUCGAUCCCCGACACCAUUUCUCAGACUUGGUGGCUGGGGCCGAUGUUGGUGGAGGGUCAGGUCAGAUGGGGGCACUGCAGCCGCAGCUGCCUGUGGAACAGCAGCAGCUUGUGGAUCGGUUUGUUUCCGCCGAGGCAAGGAUGGCAAAGAAACGAUCGACUGGAAAGGGUGCCACGAGGUUGCCGACGAAGCGCCUGCGAGUGAGGGCGUUCUGGAACAGCAUCAAGAAAAAGGGGGAUUUGCAUAGCUUGGGAGUGGCCCGCUCUCUGGGGCUGGCAAGGUCGUUCUCCAAACAAUCGGAUAUGUUGGUGGAGGCAACUUCUGGAUUGGCAGAGAUGGCGGUUGUCGACCUUGUGCAGCCACACAGGAGUAAGGGGGCUUGUGGCGAGGAGGAUAUGGGCAUUGGUGAACAUUCUCAACACGGCGACCAUCGUGUGUCUUGUGAGCAAGAGAUGGGCAAUGGCGAAAUCACUCAACACAGUGAUCUGCGCAUAUCAGGUGGGGAUGAUGAAUCGAUGGAUGCAGCCUUGGGUGUUGAAAACGUGUCACAGCGAGGUGUUGUUUCAAAGCAGGAGGAUCGCAGGAUCUGGUCCUGGGCCAGCACUGCAAUCGAGGAUGGAUGUGAGGGGCCAUUGUCAUGGAACAGAUGUGAGAGAAUGAUCCGUGCUCAGUCGCCCGAAGAUUUCAAUCAAGGCGUUGGCAGCAAUGGGCCAUCAAUGGAACCCCACAAUUCACAGACACCACAGGGAGGAUCAGAACAUCACCACACUCCACAAUCGCCAUGGGCCAUUAGCCUGGGAAACAGCACUGAAGCUGCCAUUUCUCCUUGUGCAGCUCAGACAAGGCCAAAUGAUGUGUCAGUAGGCACAGGGGCGCCCUUUUCCUUGGCACGGAAGAAAGUUAAAGCUGUGCGGAGAGUGCCAAGCUCAGUGGCAAUUGCACGCUGCAGCAUUCGGAACAGGGUCCGCAAGCAGAGGCCACUGCUGGACUCCUGCACUGCAUCGACAUCUUAG